AUGGCUGAUCAAGACUCCCCACAAAACCCUACCAAACGAAUCAAACAAACGAUUUCGGUCCCCUUUCUUUGGGAAGAAAAGCCUGGAACACCGAAAAACGACUGGAAACGAGUUAACCCCGUCAUGCAACUGCCUGUUAAACUAAUCGCUUCGGUCCCAUUCAUGUGGGAAGAAAAGCCUGGAACACCACUUCCAGGCCCCUUCUCCCACCAGACACCCGAACCCGAAGUUACUACCCCUUCACCACCAUAUCUACAACAACACACCAAAAACAACCCAUUUUGUGAUUCGGAUUCUGAUACUGAUCUUGAUCAAGAACAACAUCAAGCUUCUAAUCAGCUAACUAUAUACCGUAACAACAACCCGUUUUGUGAUUCUUCUGAUGACGAACUCCAAGCCCCUUCGUCGCCUGCGUGGGAAACCGAGAGUGUUGCAAGCAGCUAUGCAACUGGUACGACAAGCCUAGCUGGAUCGUCCUUCUUGGAAUGCAUGUUUCCGCUCAUGACCCCGAAAACUAGUUUCCUUGAAAGCGUUGGUUGCACGAAAACUAGGGUUCCAACGACGAAUUCGUGUACUCAGAUUGUAAGCUAUGGUGGAGAAAGAAAGCCGUUAACACUUGGGGAGCUGAUUAUGAUGAGCCGAAGAAGAAGCUAUCUGAAGAGAGCCAUUGAGUCACAAGAAUACAAUCACUCCACGGAAUUGAUGGUGAGGAAUGGAUUUGGGUGCUGCAAUAUCGAUGUUGGAGGAUUAAAGAGGCAGUUGCAGUUAAAACUGAUCUAAAAACAUUUACAUCAUAUUUUUGCUUCUUUUGAAAAUAUAUUAUUGUCGUAUUUGGUUUUGAGAUUCUGUUUACUUCUUUUGAAAAUAUAUUAUUGUGGUUUUUGGUUAGGUAAUGAGAUUCUGGUGUUAUAAA